UAUUGAGCCAUCUGACCUCACUGAGCAUGUUUUAAACAUUUAGACAGCCUGCUAUUUUUUUUUCAGCAAAAAGGUUGUAUCAUCAGUUCAGUGACGUGACAGCGUCCACCAGCACCAGUAGUCUUCAUGUGGCUCUCUUAUUCAACAGGGCAACAACUUUCUGCUCAUGAGACCACCCACGAGAAAAGAAGAUCCAGCGUUCCCAUAUCCCGGCAGCGCCUCAAUUCCAUUCAGCAUACAGGAAAUUUAAAUAGUUGAGAUUCAUUUUCUGAGCGAACCAGUCUCAUGUCUACGGACUUUUUACGUAUUCGGUGAUAGUUCCAUUCUGUAUUAUGCGGUACUUUUUGGACACCGAUUCAAAUGUCAUGGAUCACUAAGAAAAGAAUUAAGCCUUUACGUUUGAAGAAGGUGUUCAAAUGUUCAACAUCUACCUUCGAACAGACUACAGUAAAUAGAAACUUGAUUGGUAAAGAAAAAGGAGGACAUAAAAAAAAAAAUAAUAAUAAUAAUUUAUAAGUUAAUUGCGGAACUUUGGCAAAACUUUUUCAUGGAAUCAAAUGCCACAAAAUCAAAGGGAGACGCAUGUCAGCACAGUGAAUUCAAUGAACCAUCCAAACCUACCACCGCAUUGCUGAUGUUCUUGGCGGGCGUAAUUGGGAAUGUGAUUGCUUUAGUGCUUUUGGAGACCCGCCGUAGGAUGGAGCGCAGCCGCGAUCGUCAGUCUCUGUUCCGCGUUUUGGUGACCGGGCUUGUGGUCACAGAUCUUAUGGGAACAUGCGCCGUCAGCCCUGUCGUUCUGGCUUCUUAUGCGAAUAAUAAGACGAUGAUUGCCCUGGGUGACAAUGGAGUCGUGUGCAAGUAUUUUGGAUUCAGUAUGACCUUUUUCAGUCUGGCCACUUUGUCCAUCCUCUUCGCAAUGGCUUUGGAGCGCUGCUUCUCAAUAGGAUACCCGUACGUUUACGAAAGACAUUUCGGUAGGCGAUGUGGGUACAUCUCCGUGCCAUCAAUUUAUGUAAUAUGUGUCAUUUUCUGCGUCUUGCCUUUUCUGGGCAUGGGGGAUUACGUUCAGUACUGCCCAGGCACGUGGUGUUUCAUUGACAUGAAACCAAUGGAGCUGGAAGACAGGGUUUACACCAAUUUGUAUGCAACUGUAAUGCUCCUACUCAUCUCCUCUACGGUUGUUUGCAACGUGUUUGUCAUCUGUCACCUAGUCCUCAUGCACCGACGGCGCAAAGGCACAGAGGGGUCCUUUGUUAGAGGUAGCAGGAGACACCGGUCCUUCUCCAUGACAGAAGAAGUAGAACAUCUUCUCUUCCUUGUUUUUAUGACCGUGGCGUUCGUAAUUUGUUCGCUUCCACUAAUGAUCAAUGUGUACAUCCAUGCCAUUGGCCAGAGGAAUGAGAGUUUGAUGACUGACCUCGUCACCCUACGCUUUCUGUCUGUCAACUCCAUCAUCGAUCCAUGGGUCUUCAUUAUACUCGGUCCGUCAGUGCUGCGCUUCCUGAGGGGGGCACUGUGCAGGAGGUGCACGUCCCAGCAACCUGCCUUGCAAACAGAUGCACUUGCCCAAAUUGAGCUCUGCCACAGGAGCCUCCCGACAGAGCUGAGAACACCCCUGAGUCCAGACUAGACAUACUGAGCACGAGGACAGGAAACAGGAAGUGGUCACUCAGGAAGUUACCAAGUUGAUGCAUCUGUUCUUGUUUUUGAUGUUUUUUUUUUUCUUGAACUACAUUUUAUUCACAAUUUGUCUUUCCCUCUUCCAAUUUGUAAUUGCAAUCGUACGCCUGUCCCAUCAUCUGAAAAUGAGAGCAGCCAGCAGCUACUUCUUUAAUCCACUGGCUGAGUCAGAGGAGUACCCUUUAUGCACUGUGUUUGCAUGUACUGGUCAAUCAAAGGAGUUGUUUUUGAACAAAGAAGCAUGGAGACCAAGUCUUUACAUCACUACAUUCACUAUCAGUCACAUUACAUUGCAAAUAGACUACAUAGAUGAAAAAUGUAUUUGUGCGUGUUGCUAUUUGUUGUCUACUGUUUUCUGUCCUAUAUUUCUGAGCUGUACCAGAUGUUGCCAAAUAUUAACCAUACUGAACCAUGAGACCCUAAGUAGUAACUAUGACCAUACUCCAGCAAGAGCAAAGGCCCAGCCUUUAUUCAUUUUUGACUAAGUUGCCACUGUUAGUCCUCCUGAAAACUGAUCAUAUUACUGAACCAUUAAAUGACUGCCAAUUUUAACCUGGAGGUUCACAGGGCAGUUUUUACAUGAUAUGUUUUGUUUCUUACAUGUUAAAUGUUUAAUUGAUCUUUAGAGAAACAGGUUUAGGGGACUUCACAUGUACUGAAUGUAGCUUGUUAUGAAUGAAUAUGUAGCCACCUUUGAAAAAAAAGGUAUCCACUUGGCUCCUGGAAUUAAUUUUACAACAGAAAAAACAUGUAUUUUAAUUCUCAUUAAAAUGCCUUUUCUCUACAU